UGCGUGCCUAGCCUGCAUCAGGCCCUACAUUCUGUCCCAACACAGGGGCACAUGCCUAUAAUUCCAGCACUUGGGAGGUGGAGGCAGGAGGAUCAGAAGUUCAAGGUCAUCCUCAGCUCUAUAGUUAAUCUAAGGGGCUCCUGUCCUGCAUGGUGAAGGAGUGGUGGGUUGCAGGGGUCUGGGGUAGAUCAUCUUGAUCAGACCCUGCCUCUGACCCUGAGAGUGGUUCCUGCCUGUCCAUCUCCAGGCUCCCCUGCACUGAUGAACAUCAUGCAGAACUGGUAUUCCUUAUUCACCCCGGUGGAGGCAGCCACCAUCGUGGCGGUGACAGGUACCACCCACACCACUCUGCUGCGGCUGCAGCUGGACACUCCGGGGCGGGAGGAGCUAUGGGCCUGCGCACGCACCCUGGCACUGCAGUGCGCCAUGAAGGACCCCCAGAACUGCGCUUUGCCAGCCUUGACGCUGUGUGAGAAGAACCACGCGGCCUUUGAGGCAGCCUACCAGAUCGUGCUGGAUGCAGCAGCCGGUGGCCUCGGCCAUGCACACCUCUUCACAGUGGCACGCUACAUGGAGCACCGUGGCCUGCCACUGCGGGCCUACAAGCUGGCCACACUAGCCUUGGCGCAGCUCAGCAUCGCCUUCAACCAGGACAGCCACCCUGCCGUCAACGAUGUGCUGUGGGCUUGCUCUCUCAGCCACUCGCUGGGCCGGCAGGAACUGUCAGCCAUCGUGCCCCUCAUUAUCCGCAGCAUCCAAUGUGCACCGAUGCUCUCCGACAUCCUGCGUCGCUGGACGCUCUCGGCACCGGGCCUGGGCCCACUGGGGGCCCGCAGGGCGGCCAAGCCUCUGGGUGCCGACAGGGCACCUCUCUGCCAGCUCCUGGAUGCUGCGGUGGCUGCCUACACCCCCACCAGCCACUCUCGCCUCACUCACAUCAGCCCGCGCCACUACGGGGACUUCAUUGAAUUCCUGGGCAAAGCCCGAGAGACCUUCCUGCUGGCCCCCGAUGGGCACCUGCAGUUCUCGCAGUUCUUAGAGAACCUCAAACAGACAUACAAGGGCAAGAAGAAGCUGAUGCUGCUGGUGCGAGAGCGGUUUGGAUGAGGGGCUGCAGGGAGCAGAGGCCUGGGGCCUCCCCCAGCCUGCCUCCCUGACACCAGAGGCCCUUUGGGCUUUUCAGUAUUAAGUCAGGGAAGGUAGAAGCAGGAAGUGGUACCCUGACAUGUGUGUGCCUAGGAGUGUGCAGACAUGCGGGAAAUCUGAAGCCAUACUGCCACCUAGUCGCCUGGAAGGGGGUAUGUGCCUAGGCUCCCCACAAGCUCUGACUCCCCCAAAUUCACAGGUUAACUGGGGAUUCCAGAAGGGCUGGGAGGCAGAACUUUCCUGAAAGUAGUCCUCAAAGUCAGUGUAGCAGAACCUCUGCAACCCACCCAGGUGGCUGGGGAGCUUCACAUUAGGGCAUCUAAAUAACUUUGUUCUCCCUCACCCACUGCUCAGGGGUCCUGUCCCACUGUCCUGUGUUCUCUGCUCAUGUGGCCCCUCUGCUCAUGUGGCCCCGCACAGACCAAUGCUUUACCACCACUGAA